AUGGCGCCUAGCCGAAUUAUAUUGUCGAUCUGGGACACAACAUGUCUCAUAUUUAUCGAAUUGCAGAAACUCAUACUUGAAGAUCAAGAAGCUUCUAGUUGUUGCUUGCUAAAGCCCAGACACAGUGAAUAUAAGAAAGUAAUUUUCUUUUGUCCCACAUCGAACCAUCUGCUAAAGCCAUCGAUUAUUCCCCAGAAAAAGUAUUUGAUCCUUGUAUUCGGCUCUAAUUUCUUCACGAGUUCGCAGUAUCAAGUUGUUAGUCUACAGAUUCUUGUUCAGGCUACUUCGGGACUUGGUAAGGCCACUGCGUUUGCUCUAUCAAGGAAAGGUUUCUACGUUGUUCUUGUUGGAAGAUCAUCCCACUUACUAUCAAAGACCUUGAGUGAUAUUAAGAGGCAGAAUGAGAAUGCCCAACUCAAAGCUUUUGAAGUUGACAUUUCGUCUUUUCAAUCAGUUUUCAAGUUCAGAAACUCUCUAGAGCAAUGGCUUUUAGAUUCAGAUUUUCAUUCUUCAGUCCAGCUUUUGGUGAACAAUGCUGGAAUACUGGCAACAUCUAGUCGGCCAACCAUUGAAGGCUUUGACAGGUAAGAUUUUUUACUUGUCUUGGUUAUUAAGAGAAAGAAAUUACAGAUUACUUUUGUAAUGUUUGUUCAUUGAUUAACCGUAAUAGAUGUCUCCUAGUCCUUGUACA